UCUCCAUCCCCACCGAGGUGAGUUAGUAGAAUUGGGGGUGCACCCUGCUGAGUAAUCAAUUCCCUACUUUUUCAUAUUGCCCUUCCUCCCGCCGGCCCGCCAAGCGACUUUUCCUCGAACCGCCCGUCAGCCUCUUCACUUUCUUCCUACACCAAUCGCCAACACCUACACCGGACCGACCACACAAGGCCACCCCCCUCCUCUCUUCGCAGGCCAUGGAUUCAUGCUAGCGCAGCUAUGGCUGUAGUCCUCAAACUCCUCGAGCCUCUAACCACCCCGACAGCCAGCGCCGACGGGUACACACGACUUCACAUCACCCCUCUAGACGAGUCCCUGCUCUCCAUCGUCGUCCCCUCUUCCAUCCUCCCCCGCGCGCGCAACAUCUCGUAUCACACCCUCGAGACUUUUCCCGAGAAGCGGUUCGGCUUCGUCGAGCUGCCUACCGCCGACGCCGAUAAGAUCAAGAAGAAGCUCAACGGAACGGUGCUGAGGGGAACCAAGAUGCGCAUCGAGAAAGCUCGGCCCGAAUCCAUCCCCGAACCUACGGCCGGAGCCGACCAGGGUGCGGCCGACGCUAGCAAGGCCAAGAAGGAGAAGAAGACGAAGUCCAAGAAGCGGAAGCGCGACAUCGAUGUCACCCCCGGAGUCGAGCUGGAAGGCCGCAAGAUCAAGCGCGGGUGGACGACGUCGGAGCGCGAGAUGAUUGAGGAGAAGCGGAAAAAGGCUAAGAAGGACAAGAAAUCUAAGGAGACCAAGGAGGAGAGGAAGAAGGAGAAGAAGAUGAAGAAGAGGGAGAUCAAAUCAAAGUACACCGACGGGCCCGAGUGCCUCUUCAAGACCAAACUCCCAGGCCCAGGCCCGUCGCCAGCGAAAGACGACGAAGAAGCCACCGAGCACAAGAAGAAAAGGCGAAAGAGCGGGCGCGAGGUGGUCGUGCACGAAUUUGAGAAGACGGUGAAGCAUCCAUCGUUCCUGAAGGCUAAUGCCACGACGGGCAGUUCGGAAGCGGUGACUUUCGAAGACGGCGUAGGCUGGGUUGAUCGGGAUGGAAAGGUGGUUGAGCCGGUAGUAAGGAAGAGACGAGAUGCCCAAGCUUCCCGACAACAAAAUAUGACUGCGGCUUCCGAUGCGACCGCGCCGGAAAAGGAAGGCGAUGGCGAGGCGGAUGAGGAUGACGACGACACAAGCAGUAGUGGUUCUUCGUCUGACGACUCGGAAGACGAUGAUGGUUCCGAUCGACCAGAGCCGACGACUCAACACAACAAAGCCGCCGCGGAAACGGCCGAGGUGAUGGCACCGCCCAAGCUGAAGCUGAAGGUGGAGACAUCUGCUCUGAGCAGCCCCACGUCAGCCUUGAAGCCCGAGUCGGCAAGACCUAAAUCUUCAAGCUCGGUUACGAGCCUCACUAUCAAGAUUCCUCCCGCGACGCCAGCCUCGGCUAAGGUGCACCCUCUCGAGGCGCUCUAUAAGCGGCCUCCGGGCGGCGCGGCCACGCCUGGCCAAGCCGCCGCCGAGCCCUUCAGCUUCUUCGGGGGCGACGACGACGACGACGACGACAUGGAAGACGAGGACGACGUGGUGGCGCCCCUGCACCAGCCGCCCAUGACGCCCUUCACGAAGCAGGACUUCGACUUCAGGAACGUGCGCAGCGCGGCGCCGACGCCGGACACGGCGCACCCGAGCCGGACGUUCAACCUCUGGCCCCGGAACGGCUUGGCCGACGACGACGACGACGACGACGAAGCCGAUGCGGACGGCGAGGAACCGCACGACGGGAAGGAGGAGCAGCGGGGGGACGCCGCCGGCACGGCGAACGGGCCGACCGGCGCAGGCGCCGACGCCAGCCAGGCGCCGCUCAGCGACUUCCAGAAGCAGUUCUGGGAGCGCCGCGGCGACCUGAACCGCGCGUGGCGCCGGCGGCGCAAGGCCGCCGCCAAGGAGAAGCGGUACCGCGAGAACCGGGCCCGGGCGGGGCGGGCUACCUAGCGCCGCAUUGUCCCCUCCCCCCCCCCGCCCUCCUCCCCCGGGCAGCUGCUUCCCGCUGGCCGGGAGAGAUAAGAUACGUCUCGUCGCCAGGUCGGCUCGGGUUAGGUCUGUUGUCCCGGAACUAUUACGAAUCGGUGUCGGGCGAGAACAACUGCGGAUAGGUGUUGGAGUUAAGGACGCAUU